CCCGGUCCUCCACUAUCCCAGCAUGCUUUGGGGUUCCAUCAUGGCAGCCUUCUUUCAGAGGCCACGGUUUGGGAAUCGGUAUCUGACCGACCCGGGCAACGUUUUUCAGCAUAAUGCCUGGGAUAAUGUGGAAUGGUCUGAAGAACAAGAGGCUGCAGCCAGGAAAAAAGUUGAGGAAAACUGUACCCAGCUGGUAUCUCCAGAUAAACAAGUGGAGUACGAGACCAAGGCCAACAGUUACUGGAAUGAUUUUUACAAAAUUCACGAGAACAGAUUCUUCAAAGAUCGUCACUGGCUUUUCACAGAGUUCCCUGAGUUGUUGGAUAAGUCCUUCCUGUUGGAUAAAUCUGGGCCAACUGCAGCAGCAUCCGACCAUAGCGGAACUGAUCCCGGGAGCUGCCUUGAGUGGACUGUCGAAAAUGCCUUGCAGUUACCCCAGAAUGGUGCAGAAGAGACAGAGCAGAAUAAUUUGAAAGUUGAGGCUGAUGGUAUGCAGUACAGUCAGAGAACAGGCAGCCUUGUGGACUUAUCAUCAGGGAGUAUGCCACAGAUGCACACUAAGCUGGGUGAUACAGAAUCACCAGAUACAAACUACAUAGGAUCAUCUGCAAUAUUCAGUAUACUUGAGGUUGGUUGCGGGGUUGGAAAUACAGUGUUCCCCAUUCUGCAGACCAACAAGGAUCCAGGACUGUUUGUAUACUGUUGCGAUUUUUCCUCUACUGCUGUGGAACUCAUCAAGCUGAACUCUUGUUAUGACCACUCUCGCUGCCUCGCUUUUGUUCACGAUCUGUGUGAUACGCAGGCCACUUACCCGAUGCCAAACGAAAGCUUAGACAUCAUCAUUCUCAUAUUUGUUCUCUCAGCAAUACAUCCAGACAAAAUACAGGCUGUUGUUAAAAGGUUGAGUCAACUUCUCAAACCAGGAGGAAUGAUUCUCUUCAGAGACUAUGGGCGUUACGAUAUGGCACAACUUCGAUUUAAGAAAGGUCGCUGCCUAUCUGAAAAUUUCUACGUUCGAGGAGAUGGGACAAGAGUUUAUUUCUUCACACCAGCUGAACUCGAUGAGCUGUUCACCUCUGCCGACUUGAAGAAAGUCCAGAACAUCGUGGAUCGGCGUCUCCAGGUUAACCGUGGCAAGCAGCUGACCAUGUAUCGGGUCUGGAUCCAAUGCAAGUAUCGCAAACCUUUGGAGAAAGGAGAAUGAAGAUUCCUGACCUUGUGGGUCAAGCACCUCUGAAUUCAUCUGACUGAAUCAGGGUCUCAGACAAGUUGUCACUUUGGUUAGCCUGCAGAGUUGACUUUGAUCCUCUUGCUCCAUAAUCACAAUCAUUAUAAAGUUCAGGAUUGCCACACAUUAACUUCUGUCUGUUUAUAUGCAGCAAUCCUUGGAUUAUAGUUACCAGCUAAUAAUUGCUCUUUGUUGCUGGGGGUGAAGUCAUGGCCAGUAUGUUCAUCUGCCAAACAUUUUCUUCGAAAUAAAGACCUGACUGACAUUCCUUUCAGCUACAUUUUUAAUUACCAUUACAUGCUGCUUCCAUCAUUUUCUUCCAUUCCCCAACAUGUCUGUAGCCUCUGUGUCACUUGGGAGCAGGAAUAGAUCAUUAGUCCCUUGAUUCCAACCGGCCUUUCAGUCAGAUCACGGUUGAUCUGUACCUCAAAUUCAUUUACUCACCUCUUUUCAUAUUCCUUGUCAACAUUGCCUAACAAACGUCAGUCAGUCUUAAAGUGUAUCUGUUCAAACCUUUUGUUGAAUUUUUCCAGAUGUGUGGAAAAAAAUUGCUUCCUGCUUUUGCUCCAAGAUUACUUAGCUUUAAUUUUAACAUUAUGUCUGCCUGUUCUUGAUUUUGCUCACCAGAAAUGGUUUCUUCACAUCUACCCUAUCAAAUCCUUUCAAUGUUUAGAUGUCUUGAUCAGAUCAUUUCAAAGUCUUCCAUGCUUGAGGGCAUACAAGCUAAUUAUUGAAAGAACCAUUCUCUGCCUAACUAGUCUGGUUUACUGUCUUUGUUGAGCCCCUGUGAAUGUAAACCAUUGUGGUCUCAAAGUCGGAGGGCAGUAGACAUAAUGUGAUUUUUUUUCCCUGUUACUGUGAAGAGGGUUUGAGCUCACUGCUCCCUGGAGAGAUCCCCUUCUGAGCAGAAAGUUUGCACAGUGCAUCCAGGAUGUCUCCUGCAGUGGUGAUCCAGUGGAGAGAGGUGAGUGAGUGUUCAGAGUAACCUUCCUGAUUUCCAUGGAGACCCAGGACCAGAUCAGUUGCUCAGCACUCAUUGGUUUAGCUAAAGCAUUUAAAAAUAAGGAAUCUCACUCUCUGAAAAUCAUGCCUCAAAUUUCUACGGUGGUAGAGGCAGGAUUAAGUCUUCAAGAGGUAGUACACAACGCAAACUCAGAAUCCACAGGCACCUGCCUAGGUUGAAUGCUAGAGAGAGUAUUUUAGUGGUGCUGUUUUCAAGCAGUUCAUCUGGCUCCCUUGUCUGAACCUGUACAAUUUAUUGUCAUCUGAGAAAGCUUGUCAUCUUUUUAUACUGUUUGACUCACGAUAAGAAUGGGAACACAAUAUGUUUUAACUGUACUAUUAUUGUUUUUACUAGUCUUAUUGCAAUAGCAAUAUAUUUAAUAAAUUGUAUUUUUGUUGCUA